AUGACGGAAGAGGUGAUUGUAAUCGCCAAGUUCGACUACAUGGCCCAGCAGGACCAGGAGCUGGACAUUAAGAAGAACGAGCGCCUCUGGCUUCUGGACGACUCCAAGUCCUGGUGGAUGGUCCGAAACGCCACCAACAAAACCGGCUUUGUGCCCUCCAACUACGUGGAGAGGAAAAACAGCGCCAGGAAAGCCUCGAUCGUCAAAAAUCUGAAAGAUACACUCGCUCUUUGGGUGUUCACAUGGAAUAACUUCACAGCUGCAGUGGGAAGAGCGCUGGGGCCGGGACACAGAGGGAGAGGUGGCGAGCCCAAAAUGGACAUGGCAAACCUUUUCAAACACAUCUUUCGGAUCGGGAAGGUAAAGGGCAGGAAGGGCGGCAUGAGAGACACUGCCUCCAAUGUGGACUCGGACAUGUACGACAACGGGGAGCGUCUGUACGACCUGAACGUGCCCGCCAUGGUCAAGUUCAGCUACACGGCCGAGCGGGAGGACGAGCUGUCUCUGGUCAAAGGCACGCGAGUCAUUGUCAUGGAGAAGUGCAGUGACGGCUGGUGGCGAGGCAGCUACAGCGGCCGCUCGGGCUGGUUCCCUUCAAACUAUGUGACAGAGGAUGUGGAUCGAACAGUGGGGGGUCCAGGAGGGCUGGGCGAUUCCGCGGUGUCACUGACAGAGAAGCUGACCGCCGUGGUCAACAACACAGCCAAUGGGAACAGAGUUCUUCACACGGUCCAGGCCUUGUACCCGUUCAGCUCGGGCAACGAUGAAGAGCUGAACUUUGAAAAGGGAGAAGUGAUGGAGGUGGUAGAGAAACCUGAGAAUGACCCAGAAUGGUGGAAGUGCCGCAAAGCCGAUGGACAGUUGGGCUUAGUGCCUAAAAAUUACGUAACAGUGCUGGACUCCAGCUCCCAUAAACUCCUGCCAGGCCCAGCCGGACCCCCCACCCCUGACUGUGACUACAUCUCCCCGUCAGGGACCGGCCGCUUCGCCGGGAAGGAGUGGUACUACGGCAAAGUGACCCGGCACCAGGCAGAGGUGGCCCUGAACCAGAGGGGCAGCGAGGGAGACUUCCUCAUCAGAGACAGCGAGUCAUCGCCCAAUGAUUUCUCCAUCUCCCUGAAGGCACAAAGCAAGAACAAGCAUUUUAAAGUGCAGCUUAAAGAUAACCUUUACUGCAUUGGACAGCGUAAGUUCAACUCUAUGGAGGAGCUUGUGGAACACUACAAAAAGGCGCCCAUCUUCACCAGUGAGCAGGGAGACAAACUGUACCUGAUCAAGGCUCUGGCCGCCUCCUGA